UUUAAGAUUCUUUUUACUUAACUAAGAAGAGAUGAAGCGAAGGAGCACUCAAAAUAAAUUUCUCGGUCGAUGGAACAGAAAGCUUUUUGCCGUGGUUUUGUUGAUCUUUUGUUUUGGAAGUUUAAUAUUGACACAGACUCGUUAUAGUCGAAUCAAAACGAUAUUCUCGUCGUCUCCUCCAUUCGUUCAAAGGCCUAAGAUCGCUUUUCUUUUUAUUGCACGGAACCGGCUUCAUCCGGACAUUGUAUGGGAUUCAUUUUUUCAGGGUGAUAGGGAGAACAGAUUUUCAAUUUUUGUCCAUGCUAGGCCUGGAUUUACGUUCAAUAACGCAACGACAAAAUCAGCAUACUUCUAUGGCCGCCAGAUUAAUGAGAGUAUACAGGUAGAUUGGGGGGAAGCAAGCAUGAUCCAGGCAGAGCGACUUUUGCUAAAAAAUGCACUCAUGGAUCCAUUUAAUGACCGGUUUGUUUUUUUAUCAGACAGCUGCUUACCCUUGUAUAACUACAACCAUACAUAUGAUUAUAUCAUGUCAACACCAAACAGCUUUGUAGACAGCUUUGUUGAUACAAAAGGAAGUCGUUACAAUCCAAAAAUGCAUCCUGUUAUUCCUGUUCAUAAUUGGAGGAAAGGAUCUCAGUGGGUUGUUUUAACGAGAAAGCAUGCUAAGAUUGUAAUGAAAGACAAUACGGUCUACUCAAUGUUUCAGCAGCAUUGCAGAACGAGGUCACUACCUGAGUUUUGGCGGAACCGUCCUCUUCCGGCAGAUGUUUCAAAGGAGCAUAACUGUAUACCAGAUGAACAUUAUGUUCAGACCUUGCUGGCACAAGAGGGACUUGAAGGGGAAAUUACUCGGAGAUCUUUGACACAUGCUUCCUGGGAUCUUUCAUCCUCCAAAGAUCGCAAAAGACGUGGGUGGCAUCCAGUGACUUACAAAAUGUCAGAUGCUACUCCAGCACUUAUUAAAUCAAUAAAGAACAUAAACAGCAUAUAUUAUGAGACUGAACAUCGGAGAGAAAGGUGCAGCAUCAAAGGGAAGCAAGGACAUUGCUUUCUCUUUGCAAGGAAGUUUCCAAGGCCUGCUGCCCUCCGGCUUCUUAAAAUGUCUGUGUUGGGAGUUUCCAAUAAAGGAACCGAUGAAUCAUAAUUUUGGUGACAUGCAUCUGUUGCAAGUUCCCUCCAGGUAAUAAUCUUCAUUUAAAAACAUGUAAAAUUAG